AUGCAUCUUGUUUCGCGCAAUCGCUAUCCGUUGAUGCAUAUGAUGCCCACUGAGACCGUGCUCGAAUAUCUCCUGUCCGCGCCUAAAAUCGUCCGUGAAGCGCACCCGAUGCACUGGACUUUUCUGGAUGGCCCUCAAGAUGGCAGCGUUAUGCUCACAUGGCAGCCUUUGAACCAUUUGGGAACGAACUUCGCGAGCGAUGGUUAUGUUUGGGCCGAUGCCGAACAGGCUUUCACCUUCGAGGCUCGAGGCUACGUUGUGGAGAUGUGGUUGCACCGCAGCGGUUAUCAUCCCCCGAACGAGUCGGUCGCUAUCCAUUGUCGCCGACGAUACCGACUUCUACCCACCAAAGUGCCGAAUCCCGGCUUGCCUCCGCCUGACCCUUCGCUAUGGAUCGUACACUACUCCCGAGCGCCUCCUACGGACCACAUCCCAGCAAACCGCAUUCCAGUCCUACCUCAGAUCCAAGGCAUGUUGGCCCAGCGCCGGUUUUUGCAGUCCCAGGGGAUACUAGCGCGCAAGGACUUCAUGCUGCAUGACCGGAAUAACUGGCCUGCAAUCGGACUACCUCCUCAAAUGGCAGUUCAACAGGGUUACCAGCAGCCGCAAGGAGCGUAUCCGAAUGCCAUGGUUGGGCGGCAACCAUUUUACCCGCAGGCCGGUCCCGGUGUGCAGCCCCCGGCUGGAGCAGUUCAAGCAAAGGCGCCGCGCGGACACCGUGCCUCGUCAGCGGCGGUCAAUGCAGCUACCACCGACUUUGCCUUGGAGGACGAAGACGUAUCUGCGGGUGAUAUCAUGGACCUGCUUACUCCCCGGGAGGUGAGCAAGAUGAGGUACCAGCAACAUCAUGAAUGGAUGGAAGAGGUUCUGGCCUCGCCGUAUGCUAUCAGCCAGAUCACGCCUGUGUCCUUAGGCUUGGGACGGAAAGGCGAGCUCGAGUCGUUGACCGCAGGCUUCUUCGAUGCACCUGUUGGCCCUACUAGUGGAGAUUCAACAGACGCCAACGAAGCGAAGCAGGCGACCAAACUGGAGCCGGAGAAAGCCGAGGAAUUCGCCGAUCGCGUUGCCAAGAAGGUCGCAGAUAUGACAGCGGAAAUUGAGAAGAUGAAGAAGCGGCACGCGCGCCGUAUGGAAAAGUUCAACCGCACAGCUCAACUCAAAGACGCCGAAGCUCGAUUACGCGAUGCUGCGUCCGACCCAGCAGACACUGGCUCCGAGAUUUGGAGACUGGAAGGCCGAAUCGAGAUUCCUACGGACGAGGACAACGUGCCGCUCGCGCCAAUAGAGCACAAGGCCAAAUACAAGGUUGAUGACAUUGUCCGGGAGGUAGAGAACUCAUGGCAAAAACAGAUUGUCCCGGAGCCGAAGGUCUCAUGUAUCGAGAAGGGUGGUCUACUGGAGAAGAUUGAACCAGAGCGGAAGACAACAGAUGUUGACGUCGAUAUGGACCAUGCGGACAGUCACCUGCUCGAUCAAUUUACUACUCAAGGCACAACCGGACAGUCACACGCGACUAAUACCCCAGGCGCUCCUGGCCAACAACCAACAGUGGGUGUCCCACAACAAGACCAAUCUCUGGCUGGGCUGGAUAUCGACAUGGAUCUCGGAAACAUCCCGCAGACAGGCAACGCGGCAGGCGAGACCGGUGAUUGGGUCAUGGUCAACGAUAAAAAGGACGACACCCCGGGCAGCGGCCUUCAAGGAUUGACGCCAGGAAACACGGGCGCAGACGGCGGCCUUGAUGGGACGAACUUUGACUUCACCAACAUGGACAGUGCGGGCGAUGCGCUUGCUGCGUAUACCGAGCAGAAUGACGGUUUGGAUCUGCCCGACCUAGAAAACUCUGCCUUUGGAGAUGCUUUCCAUGCAUCGGAUAACGAAAACACCCACCACCAUGAUGCAGAUGAUAUGUCUUGA